GUAUUGAUUGCCAAAGGUGUGUCUACCACUUCCAUUACGAAAUCUGGCUUUGUCUUGUCUCUCCUCCCUUAAACAUCUCUCUCGCCAGAUUAACUCCGAUCUCUCUCUCUCUCCCCCCUUUCUGGUUCUAAAGAUGCAAGCUUUGUACAUAUUUGUCGUCUCUCUGCUUCUCACCCUCAAUUCCAGGGGAGAAGCCAGUGGUUCUGUUUUCUUCAUUGAUGGAUCCAACAACCAAUACCUUCGUCCUCCUUCAGAGCAGGCGCUUCCCAUGUCUCUCUCUGAAGUAUCGGCAGCAGUGUCUGCCUUGUUGGGUUUUGCACCUCCAUCUACUUUGACACCUGAUGGCUCCUCCAAGCUGAACAAGAUUCUAAAACCUAAUCCAUUUGAGAGGCCUCGUGCUGCUUUUGUGCUAGAAAUCGCUGGAGCUGAUGAUGCGCUUGUGGAAACCUUACCUAGUCAUUCUUUCUUAGACAAUGCCAUUAGAGGCAGUAUCAAUUCCAAUUCUGACAAAGCUGAUAUUGAACUUCCAGAAACUGGAGUGGCUGUUAUGUCUGUCAAUGAACCCUCAUCUGAUAUGAUGGACAAAGACAUGAAUGAGUUUGCAUCUUGGUUGGGUGGAUCAUAUGUUGGCUCUGCUGAACCAUUGACUGGAUUGCUUAGUAUCCCUCUGUCUGGUGGUGCUAACGUGGAGUUUCAUUUGGAAAAGGAAGCAGAGAGAAAAUUUGCAUCGAACCUUUUGGCUUUAUAUAAGAAUAUAAGAGGGUUAGUCACUCUUCAUGAGGAUUUAGCUCAUGGUAUUGAGAGACCUGCUGAGUUAACGGUUGGACGCUUUGGCGGUAUCCAUGCUUUAGCACAGGAGUAUGGACAAGGUAUGGCCAAGCAAGGGAUGGAUGUACUGCUUGCCACACUAUCAAAGCUAUUCGAUCUGUUGGAGACAUCUCAUAAAGGCCAAAUUGUUGGAGUGAUUCUCCUUGAUGAGAGAGUAAAUCAAGAAUCCGCUAAUCUGUUAAGAGUUGGGUCUUCUUCUUAUGGUUCAUCUGCAAGGUCGAUGGCUGAGGUAGAGGGAGUUCCAAGUGCAGCCAUUAUCGCUCAAGUUAUACUUGUUAGGCUGACGCUUGCAUGGUUAACUGGAAUAAUCCUUCUCAUUGCAACUAUCCUUGGGGUGUACUUCCUUAUGUACAUGCCUUUGACGAAGGACACGCUCCUAUAUUCAAACGUGAAGCUCGAUUGAGACAUAAAAUAAAGCUUCAAAACGUCAAGUGGACACCGAUAAAUUUUCACGUUGAUCGUUUUCAUCUUUUUGUGUGUAUCAUCAAAGCCAGUCUUAUUUGAAUGUUUUAAGAGAAGGAUGACACUUUUUGUGACCAGACCUGUCACCUGUGGAUGUGUUUCUGUGUAUAUUGCCAUAAGGUUGCAUUCAAGAUUUAUAAUUUAUUUUCUUCUUACAUAUGUAUCUGAAUCUGAUUCUUAAUAAUAAUAAAGAAAUAUUUGGACA